CUUAAGAACAAUGGAAAACCCUGAUGAUUAUGAUAUCGACACAGAUCUUGGAACUUCCAUUGAUGAAGGGGACAAAACUGACCCUAGCAAAUGUCGCUUGGUGUGCUGGGACCUGAAGGAGCGGGGGGCAGUGGGGGAGACCUGCCUGCAUCUGUGCCUUCUCAACGCAACAUCCAUACAUGCAGACCUCGCCAAAAGGCUCCUGAGGUUUUACCCAAAGCUCAUCAAUGACAUCUAUAUGUGUGAUGAAUACUAUGGAGAGACUGUACUGCAUCUGGCAAUUGUGAAUGAGGACCCUGCAAUGGUGAAGUUCCUGCUGGAUUCAGGUGCAGAUUACCACGAGCGUUGUGUCGGUAACUUUAUGUGCCCAGAGGAUCAGAAAGGUUCCCGUACAGACUCACUUGAUCAUGAAUACGUCAAUCUCUCUCCUGAAACCAACUAUGAGGGUUACGUGUACUGGGGAGAAUACCCUCUGUCUUUUGCUGCAUGUUUGGGCCAGGAAGAAUGUUACAGGCUGAUGUUGGCCAGGGGUGCCAAUCCUAAUAAUCAGGACACAAAUGGAAAUACUGUACUCCACAUGUUGGUCAUAUAUGAAAAACUGUCAACUUUUGACAUGGCCUAUAAGGUUGGUGCGUCUCUAGCAGUGCGUAACUUGCAGAACCUCACACCACUCACCCUGUCUGCCAAGCUUGCACGAAUAGAGAUAUUCUUCCACAUCCUCAACAUUGAGCGAGAGAUAUAUUGGCAGAUAGGAAGUAUUACUUGUGCUGCAUACCCACUAGAACAAAUUGAUACUAUUGAUAUUGAAACAGGGAACAUCAGCAAGAACUCAGCACUAAACCUGGUUGUGUUUGGGGAUAAAGACGAACAUUUAGAACUGAUGGAUGGCAUGCUUGUGGAUCUUCUUAAUGCCAAAUGGAAUGCAUUUGUCAAAUUCAGGUUCUACCGACAGUUCUUCUUGUUUCUCUUCUACUUUCUAAUUUCUCUGGUUUGCUUUACCCUCAGGCCUGGUCCACCUCCAAAGCAAGCAGCUACAACAUCUCCACCCCUCAAUAGUACUAGCUCAAAUGUCACUACUCCUAUCCCACUGAGCAACACAGAUGAAGAUGAUGAUGAUGACGAUGACUGGUGGGAAGACCUUAUAGAGGAGUGUCGACUGAUGCAGUUUGGGUCCCUGAAAGCGAAGAUUCGAGUUAUCUGUGAGUUAUGCAUGGAGAUUGGUUCCGUGCUAUACAUUCUGGCAGCUCUACGGGAGGCACGCUUUCUUGGUCUCAACAUGUUCAUCGAGAACUUGAUGACAGCACCAUCACGUGUUAUGUUCCUGUGCUCCUGUGUUCUGAUGCUCUUCAUGCCACUCCUCAGAUUCUCCUGCCUCACAGAGAUUGAAGAUGUAGUUGCUGUUUUCAUCAUGCUGACAACAGCGCCAUACUUCCUCUUCUUCUGCAGGGGCUUCAAAACAGUUGGACCAUUUGUGGUGAUGAUAUACCGCAUGAUUAUGGGUGACCUCCUGCGAUUUGUGUCAAUUUAUCUUGUGUUUGUCAUGGGAUUCUCACAAUCAUACUACAUUAUCUUCCUGUCAUUUGACAACCCAAACACGCCAGAGGGAGUGGAUGAUUCGGUGUCCAACCCUAUGUCCAGUCCAACAGAAUCUGUGCUGGCCAUGUUUCUCAUGUCAAUGACAAACUUUGGUGACUACUAUGGUGCAUUUGAGCGGACAGAACAUGAAUUUGAAGCGAAGCUCCUUUUUGUGGUUUACAUGGGCAUUGUGGCCAUCUUGCUGGUGAACAUGUUGAUAGCUAUGAUGGGCAACACAUAUCAGAAGAUUGCUGAAACCCGCAAUGAGUGGCAGAGACAGUGGGCCCGCAUUGUGCUGGUUGUAGAACGAGGUGUCAGUCCAGCACAGAGGCUCAAGAAGCUCAUGGAUUACUCCCAGCCAAUGUCUGAUGGGCGCCGAGCCCUUGUGCUGAGACUCAAUCAGUCGGAGGAAGACAAGGAAGAAAUGAAGGAGAUUCUUGAGAUGAAGAGGGUACAUCAGCGCAUUGUCAAGAGAAGGAAGCAGGGCUGUAGCAAGAUACUUUCAUCAAGUCCCAGUCCGAAAAGGCUCGUACUAUAAUCAAGAUUCAUGACUGAAAAAUUGUUCCUCAAACAAUUAGUAAUUACUGGACAUUAAAAGUUAAUUUUUCACAGAGCACAAUAUUGGCAGAACUCUCCCUCCUGGAAAAGCUGUCAUUAUCAUUCUUAUCAGCAACAUGCAAGAAUUAAAGUGUAGAAAUGGAUAUCACAUAUGCCACAGAAUUGUUACAGUAAUAAUAUGUGUUCCCCCAAAGUCAUAACAAUAACUUCACGAACUCAAUGGAGCAGAGUUAUUUUUGAGAAGCUAAUAGUUGCUCAGAUAGUAAAGCAAUUGCCCACCUUUUAUGAAACUCAGAGGUUCUUAGUAUGUUCACAAGUGUCUCACCAUUGCUCUCUAUCCUGAAACAUGUUAACUAGCCCACACCCUCAAAACCCAUUUAUUUUAGAUCCAAUUUAAUAAUAGGUUUUCUAUUCCCAUACAAGCUUAGGUCCUCCAAGCACCUCUUAUCUUCUGGGGUUUUGUCUAAAAUUUUAUGAAUUUCUCACAUCUUACAAAUAUUUUCAUGCCCUGGCCUUUUCUUUUUUCUGAUAUACUGAGACAAGGCGACAGCAUGACACUUCAAUUUCUAUUGGGAAUGAUUGGCAUAUCAUAUGUAAUUAUAUUAUUUAUAAAUUCUUGAUUGAAAAUUAUAAAAUCUAUGUUCAGGUACCUGUAUUUAUAGAUACUGUUGUUGCUGUGCAUUGUGACAUUCUGCUGUAAUCCUAAAAUACUGUAGCUCUGAAAUCUCCUUCUUCUGGGAUGUAAUGCUGUGAAGUGGUAGAAGUGUACUAACACUUCAGAGGAACACAUUUUCUCCAUCAUCAGAGUGAGAGUAAACCAAACAAGGAGCUAGCAAACCACCACCUUCUAGCUGAUUUCAUGAUUGGCUUAUUCUUUGAUCCUGAGGAUGGAGCCAGUAUAUUCCUCAGAAACAACAGAACCACUACAGUUUAUAUGAUGUUACAUCCCAGAAGAUAGUACUCUUCACAGACACUGCUCUGAGGACCUGAAAUCCAACAUAUAUAUCUUAGUCUGUUAGAUAAAUGUAAAGUUAUCUGUCUUCUUAAUUGAGUGCCAUGCCAUGAAAAUAUAUGGAGAGGUAUAAAUAUAUCUCCCCAGUCCAUGGUUUAUGCUAACCAUCUUACAGUGUAUACACUUUUUCACCUUAUUCUUCACUUCCACACU